CUGACAGGCCUCAUGUACUACCGUCCGGAGGACCCCAUUAAUUACCUCGAACUGUGUCUGCAAAGGGUCCGGAAUUUAGGGGGACCCGAGAACGUGCAGUGGGACACUUUUCUGAGUGGGAAUUUGCCUCCUAUUAGAGGGAAUCAGGGAAAGAAAUGCACCCAAAAGUCAGAGGGGUCUCAGGCGCGUCGCUCUGAGCGUCUGACUCCCAUCCAGUCCCAGUUUUCAAUUGACAGCGACUCUGAUAUGACAGAAUCUUCGGGGCUUAUCCAAGAAUACGACGUCUUUGACCCCAAUAGACCUCGGCCUAAAAUCAUCUUUGUGAUUGGUGGUCCGGGCAGUGGAAAGGGCACUCAGAGCACAAAGAUGGCCUCCCAUUUUGGUUUUAUUUGCAUUUCUGUUGGAGAGAUCUUACGCAACCAGCUAAUCCACCAUGCCAGCAGCGAUCGCAAGUGGGAACUGAUUGCCCAGAUUAUCUCUAAAGGGGAGCUGGCGCCACCGGAAACCACCAUCGAGGAGCUGAAGCAGCAAUUCAUCAACCAUCAGGAUUCGGCCGGCUUUGUCGUUGAUGGGUUUCCGAGGGACAUAGGACAGGCGUUCACCUUUGAGGAGCAGAUUGGAACCCCGGAUCUGGUGAUCUUCUUGGCGUGUUCAAGCCAACGUCUACGGCAACGCUUGGAAAGACGCUCGGCACAACAUGGACGGCCAGAUGAUAACGCCCAUGCCAUCGACCGAAGGCUGGAGACAUUUAAACAGAACCUUCCUCUGAUCGUCAAGUAUUACCAAGACAAAGGGCUCAUAGCUAGGUUUGAUGCAGACCGAGAGGAGAACUGCAUCUUCGAGGACAUCUGCUGCGCUGUGCAGGGCCUCCUCUUCCCCGAUGGCCUGGGAGUGGAAGAAUUCCAUCCGCAGAAUUUCCGGGCCUCGCUUUCCGAGGAUCCUGCGCAACCCAAGGAAGUGGAACGGAAAGAGCAGGAAAUAGAGGUUACGUUGACCCCCGAUCCUACAGAAAUGGCAGAAAAAUUAAAGAACAGUAAGAUCAUCUUCGUGGUCGGAGGACCAGGCUCUGGCAAGGGGACCCAGUGUGAAAGGAUCGUCCAAAAGUAUGGCUACACCCAUCUGUCCACUGGAGACCUACUGAGGGCAGAAGUGUCCUCAGGAACAGAGAGAGGGAAGACCCUGUCUGCCAUCAUGGAGAGGGGAGAGCUGGUACCUUUGGACACGGUCUUGGACAUGUUGCGAGACGCUAUGGUCGCCAAGGCUGACACCUCCAAAGGAUUCCUCAUAGACGGAUACCCACGUGAAGUCAAGCAGGGAGAAGAGUUUGAGAAGAAGAUCGCACCCCCCUCACUGCUCCUGUACAUUGAUGCUGGAUCGGACACAAUGGUGAAACGGUUAUUGAAGCGCGGUGAGACCAGCGGCCGGGCUGAUGAUAAUGAAGCCACCAUUAAAAAGAGACUGGAGACUUAUUACAAAGCCACAGAACCCGUCAUCGCCAUGUAUGAAAGCAGAGGCAUUGUGAGAAAGAUGAACGCCGAAGGAUCAGUAGACGACGUCUUCAAACAAGUCAGCGAAGCCCUGGACGCCCUUAAAUAAACGGCAAAAAAAGAAGCAAACAAAAAUGCCUUAUUCUUUUCUGUACGCAACAUUCUUAUGCCUUAUUCUCCGACCACAUUCGUCCAGGUCAACGUCGCUCUGUCUGCCAGCGCCCUCACACGUCAUCUAGUCCCGUCCAGAGACUUGAAGGAAUUUGCCCUUCUUCCCGUAGGAAGGUGCGUUCUGCAACCCCGAUCCCCAUCUGUCUGUUGUUGUCCUCCCUCACUUCCUGUUUUCCUGAGCAGUAAAUGACUUCAAGGAAACAUUUUCAGGUC